AUGGUCGUUGUAGAUCGUUUCUCAAAAAUGGCCUAUUUCAUCCCAUGCCAGAAGAACAACGAUGCUAUUCAAGUAGCAGACUUGUACUUUAAGGAGAUUACGUUAUGGAAGAAGAUGGGAACUAAGCUCCAGUUUAGCAGCACUAGUCAUCCCCAAAUAGACGGUCAAACUGAAGCUAUAAAUAGGAUUCUUGGUAAUCUUCUUCGUAGUUUCGUGGGGAAGAAUUUAAAGCAGUGGAAUCUUAUCUUGCUCAAUCCACUAGACUUGAGCCAUUCACUUGAUAAGCAGCAAUAUAGCUUUGAUGUUGACCAAAGGGCUAAGGAAAUUAAGAAGUUGCAUGAGCAAGAAGGAUUUCCUAAACAGCUAAACGCCAAGUUGUCCCUAAGAGCUGAUGGUCCGUUCAAGAUAAUGCAAAGGAUCAACAAUAAUGCUUACAAAGUGGAAUUACCUAGUUCUUAUGGUGUAUCUGCCACCUUCAAUGUUGCUGAUUUAUUCCCUUACAUUGACGAUAAUGCCAAAUUUGACUCGAGGGCGAGUUCUGCUGAACCUGAAAAGGAUGAAACGGACUGA